GAAUACCUCUUUCUGAGUGAAUGGGCAGCAGGAAAAGGCAUGAAGUGAAUGUAUUCCUCUGCAAACAGACGUUAUACAGCACCCACAGUGAUGGAGAAGCUGGUGUUUUUCCUGGUGCUGUUCACAGGCUGUUCUGCUAAAUAUGAAGCAGAUCUCAAGGGGAAAGUUUUCACCUUCCCAUUGGUGUCCACUAAUUCUUAUGUGGAGCUCCAACCUGAUAUGGAGGGGUCCCUUUCAGCUGUGACUGUCUGCCUCAGGUCCUUUCCUGAUAACAAAAGAGCAAACACUCUGUUCUCCCUGGCUACCCCAUCACACAUGAAUGCUUUUCUGUUGUACCAAUCUGAAGUAGGUGCGUAUCGAGUGCAUAUCAAUGAUAUGAGAUAUGACUUCUUUGGGUUGCCAGACCAUCUAAAUAAAUGGAACUCUGUCUGCUGGACCUGGGAUUCUCGCACGGGAAUUACUCAGGUGUGGGUGAAUGGAAUGCGUAGUGUAAGAAUAAUGCUCUAUGCUGAUGGUGUCAUAGCAGGAGCUCCCAGCAUAAUCCUUGGUCAAGAGCAGGAUACUUAUGGUGGGGGCUUUGACAAGGCACAAUGUUUCCUUGGAGAGCUCACAGAUGUCCAUAUGUGGAAUUAUGUCCUCACUCCCUGUGAAAUCAAUUCAUAUAUGAGUGACAUCUCAUUUACACCAGGGAAUGUUCUCAACUGGCGGGCAAUAAAUUACACAGUGCAUAGUAAUGUGUUUGUAGAAGAGAACCAGCUACAUGCCUGUUAUUAGCAAAUGUCCAGGCUAAACAGUAUACAGGUCUUAUGAGAAACUAUAAAAGUCUCUUUCAGUAAGUAAAGUGUGUCAUUAACUGCUUUUUGCUGCUUAAUGUAAAAAAAAAAAGUCUCUUUACUUCUGUGCCCUUGCCAAAAGAUGAAAAUAAUACAUAUUUUAAUAUAUAUAUGUGAUAUAUGUAGAUUCUGCAUCGUCUGUAGAUGAUCUAGAUUUUGGAUCAUAUGCUUUUAAUGUAUAUUAUUCAUUUUUUGCAAGGGUGAUUUUCUCCUUACAUGUGUUCUGCAUAUUACAAUAAUGAUUUAAAAAUCAAUUACAUGCAGAAGCAACACUUUCUGUCAUAUGUGUUUUUGUGAUCAUAAAAUAUUCCAAACUUUAUAACCAAGGUUACAUUAUAAAAAUCUAAAAUUAUGGCCAGUGAGUUAGUUGGUUAAGUAGGUUUGGUUAGUUUAGUUGGUUAGUAUCUUGCUAUUCUAUAGUAUUGGCAUGGCUUGUUAUUGUUUCUCAGAUGAUAGGGACCCCACACCAGUAAUCUUCAAAUAAGAGUAGGUCAGACCAUCAACAGGAUUAUAUUUAUAUCAUAGUCAAUCACAAUCAUGUAAACCCCUGCUCAGCAUUAUGUAUGAUUAAAACUGACAUCCACUGCUGUGCCA